GCUAAAGCUAUGCUCUGUUUCAAUAACAGAGGAAUUUACAGGAGCUGCGAUGAAGACUUCAGAUUGAACGAGAGCGGGAGCCUGGGAGUUCCUCCGGAACAAGUUGACGCCUACUGCGGCGGUUCUUGCUUGACGGAGACAAACAUGGUGCUGAAUUGCCUUGAAGGGAUCAUGAAGAAUUUCAGAUUUUACAAUGCUGCCACGAUCAAGGAUGUUAAGGACACUGUCUCUGCAGUAUGCAGUGACGGCCCUAACCGAGGCAAUUUCGAUGUGUCUGAGUCUGAGCAUCUUGAGGCUUCUGAAUCUACUGCUCUCAAGGCUGCAAGUUGGGUUGUGUAUUAUGCUAUUGUUUACUUGGUCGCCUGCCUAGGUUUUCUCCGUUGGUGAUUUGGGAGGGCAGAGUUUCGAAGUUUGGUGUGAUUUUCAGGCUUUUGGGGGAGAUUAUAGUAUAAGUCAUAAGAGGGUCAUCUUUUUGGUUUUGGUAUUGAGUGUGGUAAGUUAUUACAUUAUGGUUUUUGUAUUGAUU